GACGUGUCCGCCAACGCGGUCGGGACGCUCUUACUGCAUCUCUUUUCUUCCACACAACAUCACUAUGGGAAAACGUCGCACAUGAGCGCUCCCAGUUCAAAGGCCUCGCCUGCCAUCCAGUUCGUAAUCUGGCACACCAGCGGCCAAGCUGUGAUAGUCCGCCAUGAGUUCCUCGGACCUUAUUGAUGUGACGGCUCAGCCAGCCAUUGCAUCUUGGACCCACCCCUCCGGAGCUCGCCGGAGCCUCGAUGCCCUUCGUUUCCACAUCUAUCACGAUCCCUCGACCAAAACUGCAUUCUUCAAGCUACGGGCCACCGUGACGUUCAAAGCGACUGGUGGCAGACCUAAAAGGACAACGGCUGCCUGGCUCCACAUCGCACCCGAGAGAGUUGACACGGUUAUUCUGGAAGACGAGAACAAUGUCGACGAGGGUAUGAGCAGGAGACUUGGAGCGAACACCGUCUGUUGGCAUUUCAGGUUGAACCGACCGGGCACGUUAGUUCUUCCACCGGAUUACGACCUCAAAUCGAAGGGGCAUCAAUCGGAUGAUCCACUCGACGGUCUCUGGGGUCUCGCCCCGGCCACCGCCUUCUCCGUUUAUGCCUGCCUGCCCGCACGGACCGUUUCCAGGGGACGACUGAUGGCAUUGUGCGAUGCCGGGUCGCUAGGGAAUGAGACCGUUGGCACGACGGCCGACGCUGCAUCUACAGAUGCCAGGCUCGCCAGCAACAAGCACGCUGCUGACACAGCCAGUCUGUACGGCGGUAAAGGCGGGCAAAUUGUUGAACUUGACCGCCUCCAAACCCCAGGGCCUGCCGGCAACGGAGCAUCGCCGCCCCCUUAUUCAGACAUUGGACCGGGUCCGCCUUUCGUGGCGGAUGCUCCAACGGGGAAGAAGCGGAGAAGGGCCAGUUCAGGAGCCAGUGCUACUGAGUCUCGACAAGACGACAGCAAGGUCAUUGAAGACAAGAAGGCUUUCGCUCGGGCUCUGAAGGACGUCUUCAGGGCAGAAUUGAAGGCAGAGCUGAUGAGCGAGCUCAGGGCCGACUUGAAAGCCGAGCUCAAAGACGAAUUGAAAAAGGAGCUACUCAGCGAGGUAAUGCCGGAAAUAGAGAGGCGGAUCCUCGAUCGUGUCGAGGAGCGUCUGCUGGAACACUCGGAUGAUCUUGAAAAGCAGUUGUACGAUCUCAGGCAUGAGGUCGGUUCCACAGUCUAUUCCGAGGUUGAGGAUCAGACGUACAUGGCUCGCAAAGAGCUGGAAGAUUUUGUGCAUGAAGAAAUGCAAGAGGCCCAGAGACAGGUCGAGGAUAGAAUAGUAGAUAGAUUGGAAGGUGCCCACAUGAAUAUAAGAUUUAAUGAUCGUUAAGA